AUGGGAUCUGCUUCUCCUGAAUUCCAGAUCCCCACCCACUGCAAGGCCGGCGUUAUCGAGGACGCCGGCCCUAACUUCAAGGUCAAGGUCGCCCAAGUCCCAGUCCCCACGCCAGGCCCGGAUGAUAUCCUGAUCAAGCUCAACGUAACCGGGCUUUGCCAGUCCGACCUGCACUACAUGCUCGACGACCUAGGUAAUCCCCACCCUCAACUUAUCAGGACACAACUAAGAGAACGAGGCAUAUCAAUGUCCACAUUCGGCGUCUGCUCCCCCGGCCACGAAGGCGCCGGAAUCGUAGUCAAGGCCGGUGCAAAUGUCAAGAAUUUCAAGGUCGGCGACCGCGCAGGGAUCAAGCCCAUCAUGGACACAUGCGGGACAUGCGAUUUAUGCUGGAGCGACAAGGAGACGUACUGCGCAGGCGUAGUCCACACCGGCCUCAUGGUCCCUGGGACGUACCAACAAUACAUCGUCUCGCCGGCCCACUACGCCACGCCCAUUCCCGACGGAAUCCCCGACGAGGUUGCUGCGCCGGUGAUGUGCAGCGCAUCCACCAUCUACCAGUCCCUGACGGAAUCGCGCCUCCAACCUGGCGACUGGGCUGUAUUCCCCGGCGGCGGCGGCGGCGUAGGGAUCCAGGGCGUCCAGCUCGCAAACGCAAUGGGGAUGCGCCCCAUCGUCGUAGACACCGGGGAGGAGAAGCGGGCGCUCGCCUUGAAAAUGGGCGCCGAAGCCUUCGUCGACUUCAAGCAAGUCCCCGACGCCGCAGCAGCCGUGAUUGAAGCCGCAGAUGGUAUUGGCGCGCAUGGGGUGUUUGUCACCGCGCAGGCAGCGUACCCUACUGCGCUCGCGUAUCUGGGGCAGCGGGUUGGCGGCGUGGUGAUGUGCAUUGGGAUUGCGCCAGCCGGGUCCAUGACGAUUCCAGUCGAUCCGAAUGCGCUUCUGUUUAAGAAAACCAGGAUCCAGGGGACGUUGGUUGGGAGUCGGCAUGAUACGGCGAGGGCGCUGGACUUUGCGCGGAGGGGGAAGCUGAGGCAGAUCUGCGAGGUUUAUCCCAUUGAUCGCUUGCCUGAGGCUGUGGAUAAGCUGCGAAAGGGCUUGGUUGCUGGCAGGAUUGUUGUUGACUUUAACCAGUAG